CCACCGUAGUGCGCAUGCGUUUCCCAAAGAGGCCCGCCCGAAGGAGAAAUUGCGGGAAGAACCGGAAGAGCAGCUACGGGUGCCGGCGAGGGUCUCGAGCAUGGCGGCCGGGGCGAGCGCCUACAGCCUGGGCUUGGCCAACGAGCGGCUGCGGCUGCUGGAGGAGCUGGAGCGAGAGAUCGGCGUGGCCCUGCAGAGCGCGGGGACGGUGACCCUGGAGCUGUCCAAGGAGAAGCCCAACGAGCGCCUCUUGGACCGCCAGGCCCUCCAGUUCGUGUCCUCCGUCCAGAAGGUGGAGUCGGAGCUCUCUGCCCAGAUCCGCUACCUCACCCAGGUGGCCACGGGGCAGCCGCAUGAGGGGUCCAGCUACUCGGUUCGCAAGGACUGCCAGAUGGCGCGGAAUCGUAUCGAUUAUGCUCGCCUCAAGCUGGGCGAACUCUCUCAGACCUGCGAGCAGAUGUUGGAGCCAUAGGCUGGCCGGCAGCAGGCAGUACCUGCGGACUGAACCAUGGGGUGAGCUUCCUGCAGCAUGAGCAACAAGCACCAGGGGCCCCAUGUUGACCCGGAACCUGCUUUCUGGCUCCACCGCAGGAUGACAGCAGCCCCGCAGGAGACCCUGCGACACGCAGCGUGAAGGGGAGGAGCAGGCCUGGCCUUGGCAGGACUGCUGGCCGUCUCUCUCUGAGGAACCUCUGGCUGCAGCCCUCCGCCCUUCAGUGACGUGGGCCCAGGGCUGGGUGCCUAGUACCCAGAGUCUGCUCUGGACAGACGUUUCUCUUUCUUUCUUUCUUUCUUUCUUUUUUGCAUUUUAAAUUUUAUUGGCUUUUACAGUAGCUUUACACUCAAAUUACAUUCACUUAUUUAAUUAAGUAAAUAUUGACUUCCCACUGA